GAGAGAGAGAGAGAGAGAGAGAGAGAGAGAUGACUUGAUCGUGUCAUUACACUAGAUGGCAGCAAUGACUGUGAAUGGGAAUGUUUUGGAAAUGCGGUCUCUUGUCCAAAUCGACUUUCCGUACUUGCAUGUGGAAGGGAAGCGGUAUCGACUGUUGACUUCGAUCAAAAUGGCAGAACAAACGACGCUUGACAGCCUUUUGGAAAUGGGAUUCGAUAGGAAUAGAGCAGAAAAGGCGGUGGCACACACAGGCAACCAAGGGAUUGAACGUGCUAUGGACUGGCUGAUGGAGCAUGAGGGUGACCCAGACAUUGACGAGCCAUAUGUACCUCCGGUGGGGAAUGUUCUUGGAGCAACAGAAAGCCAGCCUAGCCCAGCCCAACCCUCAACUCAAACACCUGAAGAGAGCGGAGAGACUGGAGACAUGACUGACAUGAUCCAGGAUGGGAGUACCAAACGGCCAAUGACAGAAGAGGAGAAACGGGAGCAAGUAAAGAGGUUAGAGGAGCUGAUGCGAGUGAAACAGGAAGAGCGGAGAGAGAGGGAGCGAGCGGAGGAGGUGGAGAGGGAGAAGCAGAGGAGGAAGCAGGGCCAGGAGCUGCUGCAUAUCAAACAGAAGCUGCAGGACGAUGAGAUGAAGAAGCUGGCAGAGCUGCGCAGGAGAGAGAAGAUGGAGGACAAAAUGGCCAAACAGAGGGUCAGAGAUAAGAUAGCACGUGACAGAGAGGAGAGAGCACAGAAGUUCGGAGGUGGUUCCUCCAGCACAACAGUCUCCUCCCCCACAGCUGACCCCACCCCACCCUCACCCACCAGCCAGGGUCCGCCCCCUGCCAAGAAAGAUUAUGAUGAGUGCAGGAUACAGGUGCGAAUGCUGGAUGGCUCAGCCAUCACUGCCGUGUUCAAGGCCCAGGAGCCGCUGGCUGCCGUGCGCGUUUACAUCCAGGUGAACGGCAACACGGCCGAGGGGCAGGACUUCACUUUGUUGUCGCCGUACCCCCGCCGCGUCUACACCGAGCUGGACAUGGAGAAACCACUACGGGAGCUGGGUUUGGUGCCUUCGGCUGUGCUGGUCGUUGCCAAGAAGUGAGAAGUAGCUAGCUAGGAGAGUAGGCGCUAUGAGAGUCUACCUCUUCCACCACUCAUCACAAAUACAGAAGACACAGGACACUGUUCCAGCUAGCAGCUUUGCUAUGUUAGCCAGCCAACUUUGGCUAAACAAGAUAAAACAGUUGUCAUUGACAGAAUUUUUAAGAAUUUUGGUGGCCUGAAGUGUCUUGUAGUCAAUUACUAUAUUAUUUUUUAUCACUAAAAUGUUUUGAGUUAGCUGGCCAAUUGGUCAAUGCAGUUUUCUGGAACAGUCCUGAUAUAAACAACAAAUCGAUCUUCCUCAAA